AUGUUCAAGCGCAAGCCCGAGAUCAGAAAUCUUGCGCCUUUGCGCUCGUCAGAUCGACGAAAACUCGCUGAUCAAAUUAUCCGCGAUUACCAAGUUCCUCUCCCAGAGCAAUCUGACGAUGCUUCAGCGUCAAGCACACUCUCAUCAGUGCGCAACUCAUUACUGCCCGAUUCAACAUCAUCUGCUCGCUUUAUCACAUCAACAGAGCAGGGAACUGUCUACAUCGGAGCCCACCCAGAUCAAGAUGAACGCGUUCUCUGGUUCCAAACUGGAAAGAACCCCCGCUUGAUACCGACUGUUUACACCCUGUGGCGCAACCCUAAUCUCGUCCCGCUUCUUCACACGCCUGACUUUGUCGUUGAAGAGAAGCUUAAGCAAGGUGCCGAUCUAAUGGUUCCUGGUUUGGUCAAGGCUAGAGGCUCCAACUGGGACAAGCGAGCCACCACGGGCGCUGUAGUGGCCGUCGCAGGUCUCCAGAAUGACACCGUGCCUAUUUGGGUUGGAACCUGUCAAAUCGACGUGCAGACUCUCCCCGACGACCUACGGGGACAGAAAGGCGCCGCUGUCAAGGCCCUCCACUGGGCUGGUGACGAAUGUUGGAACUGGAAGUCUCUCGGCAGUGGAGGUAUUGAUCCACCUCCAGGCCUGCAAGGUUGGACUGGUCUGGGUGCAGAGCUCGCAUCGCAAAUUGCCAAGGUAUCACUUGAAGAUGAAACCCAACCAGCAGAGCCAUCACCUAGCACUCAACCCGAGGAAUCGCACGCCACGGCAGAUAGUGCAGACGAAGAACGAGAACCAACGACACGAGAGGUGGACAACGCAUUUCACCAAGCCUUUCUCUAUGCCGCCUACAAAGCGAAACAGUCCGGUAGCCCACCUUACUACGGUUUGAACUUUCCACUGCAGCCAUCUUUCAUCAUUGCCAGCAUGAUUCAGCCUAACCUCCGAUCUCAAAGCCGCCAUUACAACAUCAAGAAGACAUCCUGGAAGAAUGCGAAAAAGUUCAUCAAGGAACUACACAAGCAGAAGAUCGUUCUGGCAAAAGACAGAAAUGGAGGUGAGACGGUCAUUCUUGACAUUGACUUUGAUGAUGCCCAGAUCAAUGGUUUCCGACCCUAUCGACUGCCGACGCCCAAAGCCCCGGCUGCCGAAGCUGGUUCUGCCAUCGAGGAUGCGGGUCAGUCAUCGAACAGCAGCGCAUCUGCUGGGCAGAAGAUCAAUAUCCAGUUUGUCUAUCGCCCAUCCUCCAAGCUCGUACCGACCCUCCUCCCAUCAAAGACCGACUUCUACAGCGCGCAAGAGAUUUCAGCAGCUCUAAAGUCGUACAUCGAUAACCACCCAGAGCUGGGAGGUCAAGGUAAUUCCAGCGUCAAGCUGGAUCCUUUUAUUGCCAACGACAUUUUGGGCAACCGACCGACCGACGACGAUCGCAGCUGGCUCGCGGCAGGACGAAUUACGCGAAGCGCCCUCCAAAAGCGAGUCCUCGAAGACGUUCACUUAUGCCAACCAUUCCAUAUUAUCUCGCAGGGGCGCCCGUCGUCUGAUCAAAAGCCCAAGGCUGGAUCGCCGCCUCGCAUCCUCAUCACCAUGGAAAAGCGAACCGGCACAAAGGUUGUGACCAAAAUUUCCAACCUCGAACCUUUCUCUAUCGACCCUCAAGUCCUGGCACCCGAACUUCAGAAAAAGUGUGCGGGAUCAGCAAGCGUCGGCCAGGUCGCUGGUGCGAAGCCUGGGUUAAUGGAGGUUGUUGUUCAAGGCGAUCAACGCAAGGUUCUCACUAAUGACAUUUUAAACAAGAAGGGAAUUGAUAUGAAGUGGGUAGACAUUGUGGACAAGACAAAGCCAAAGAAAAAGACGUAG